GGCGAAGGUACGGGUGGCGGCGAGGGGUCAAUUCGCACCAGGCGUGGGGUUGGCGCUGAGGCGGUCGGAGGUGGUUGGAGGUGGUUGGGGUUGGGUGGGAGGAGAUCUGCUAGCACACACGAGGAGGGUUGAGCCGUUGCUGCCGCCGCGGUCGUCGUUGCGAGUGCGAAGCCGGGAUUAAAGGUGCUGCCGCGACGACGCCGGAGAUUGUGUAGUUAGCUCUCCCAGCCUCUCUGCCUCGCAGCUUCCCGGGCUCAGCGCGGCCUGCUCCACCCCGGCCCAUCGCCCCCGCCUCCAUUUCCCGCCCUCUCUUCACCACACACACGGCCCCCCCGAUCAUGGAUCCGGGCAGUGGUGGCGGCGGCGGUGGCGGAGGAGGUGGGAGCAGCAGCGGCAGCAGCAGCAGCGACUCGGCACCGGAUUGCUGGGACCAGGCGGACAUGGAAGCCCCCGGACCGGGACCGUGCGGCGGCGCCGGCGGCCCUUUGGCAGCGGCGGCGGCCGAGGCCCAGCGUGAGCACCUCAGCGCGGCCUUCAGCCGGCAACUCAACGUCAACGCCAAGCCCUUCGUGCCCAACGUCCACGCCGCGGAGUUCGUGCCGUCCUUCCUGCGGGGCCCGGCCCAGCCGUCAGCACCCCCAGCUGGCGCCGCCGCCAACAACCACGGAGCCGGCAGCGGCGCGGGAGGCCCUUCGGCACCUGUGGAACCUUCUCAAGAGGAGCAGUCAUUGUUGUGUGAAGGUUCAAAUUCAGCUGUUAGCAUGGAACUUUCAGAACCUGUUGUAGAAAAUGGGGAGACAGAAAUGUCCCCAGAAGAAUCAUGGGAGCACAAAGAAGAAAUAAGUGAAGCAGAGACAGGGGUUGGUCCCUUGGGAGAUGGAAGGCCCACAGAGGAAAGUGCCCAGGAAAUGAUGGAGGAGGAAGAAGAAAUACCAAAACCCAAGUCUGUGGUUGCACCGCCAGGUGCUCCUAAGAAAGAACAUGUAAAUGUCGUGUUCAUUGGGCACGUAGAUGCUGGCAAGUCAACCAUAGGAGGACAAAUAAUGUAUUUGACUGGAAUGGUUGACAAAAGGACACUUGAAAAAUAUGAAAGAGAAGCUAAAGAAAAAAACAGAGAAACUUGGUACCUGUCUUGGGCCCUAGACACAAAUCAGGAAGAACGAGACAAGGGUAAAACAGUAGAAGUGGGUCGUGCCUAUUUUGAAACAGAAAAGAAGCAUUUUACAAUUCUUGAUGCCCCUGGCCACAAGAGUUUUGUCCCAAAUAUGAUUGGUGGUGCUUCUCAAGCUGAUUUGGCUGUACUGGUAAUCUCUGCCAGGAAAGGAGAGUUUGAAACUGGAUUUGAAAAAGGAGGACAAACAAGAGAACAUGCAAUGUUGGCAAAAACAGCAGGCGUAAAACACUUAAUUGUGCUUAUUAAUAAAAUGGAUGAUCCAACAGUAAAUUGGAGCAAUGAGAGAUAUGAAGAAUGUAAAGAGAAACUAGUGCCAUUUUUGAAAAAAGUUGGCUUCAAUCCCAAAAAGGACAUUCACUUCAUGCCCUGCUCAGGACUGACUGGAGCAAAUCUUAAAGAGCAAUCAGAUUUCUGUCCUUGGUACAUUGGAUUACCAUUUAUUCCAUAUCUGGAUAAUUUGCCAAACUUCAAUAGAUCAGUUGAUGGACCAAUCAGGCUGCCAAUUGUGGACAAGUACAAGGAUAUGGGCACUGUGGUCCUGGGAAAGCUGGAAUCAGGAUCUAUUUGUAAAGGCCAGCAGCUUGUGAUGAUGCCAAACAAGCACAAUGUGGAAGUUCUUGGAAUCCUUUCCGAUGAUGUAGAAACUGAUUCUGUAGCCCCAGGUGAAAACCUCAAAAUCAGACUGAAAGGAAUUGAAGAGGAGGAGAUUCUUCCAGGGUUCAUACUUUGUGAUCCUAAUAAUCUUUGUCAUUCUGGUCGCACAUUUGAUGCCCAGAUAGUGAUUAUAGAGCACAAGUCCAUCAUCUGCCCAGGCUAUAACGCGGUGCUGCAUAUCCAUACCUGUAUUGAAGAAGUCGAAAUAACAGCCUUAAUCUGCUUGGUAGACAAAAAAUCAGGAGAAAAAAGUAAGACUCGACCCCGUUUUGUGAAACAAGAUCAAGUAUGCAUUGCUCGCUUAAGGACAGCAGGAACCAUCUGCCUUGAGACCUUUAAAGACUUCCCUCAGAUGGGCCGUUUUACCUUAAGAGAUGAGGGUAAGACCAUUGCAAUUGGGAAAGUUCUGAAACUGGUUCCAGAGAAAGACUAAGCAUUGUCUUGAUGACCCUGCACAAUACUGUGAGGAAAAUUGACUGCAAAAGCCUACUUCACACCGCCUUCUCUUAUUUUCUGCCCAUUGACAAACCUCUCCCCGUAUUUUGCAAAGACAAAAUCCACAGCAAAAGUCCACAUUAUGUCAGCUUUCUCAUAUUGAGAGCUCUGCUAUGCCACUGUUGAAUUUUUCCCAAGAUUUUUUUCUUCCCUUUCAAACUCUGCUUCCUUGGACAGAUUUGGCAAUAGCUUUGUAAGUGAUGUGGACAUAAUUGCCUACAAUAAUGAAAACCUACUAGGAAUUUUUUUAUUUUUCCAUUUUCCCCUUAGGCAUACUUAGUCUCUUUUUUUCCCUAGGCAGAUCAUUCUGAGUGUGCGAGUGUGUGUGCACAUGUUACAAAGACAACUACCAUGUUAAUAAAAUAUUCAAUUUGAAACCCUUUUCGGUAUUUGAAUUGCUUUUGAAUAAUGUUUUUUAUCUGGAUAGAACAUUGUUGCAUUAGCUUUUUAACUUUACCAAGUAAUUGAAUACAUUUUAUUACUUGGACUUUUCUAAGCUCUCCCUUAUCCACUCCUUUAAAUGAGGCAUUUACAAUGUUCAAGUUUGUAUGAAAAGAAAGAACUAGUUUGACCCCUUGUUUUGAUGGUUAAUGCAUACAUACAGUACCUUUAUGCAACUGUGACACUGCUUUACUAGGUCUACCAGUUAUUUCCUGCCAAUUUAUAUUUUAACAUGAUUUCUUAAACAGUAAGUGUUUUUAAAAUACAUGAACUGCAUACUAUAGUUUUUAUAAGUAUAAAGCAUAAUGAAAUCAUACCCCUACAAAAAAUUCCAUUAACUUGUUAAAUUAGUGGAAUUUACAAUAAAGAAAGCAUGCUGAGACCUGGCAAAAAUGCCUCCUUUAGUAUUUAUAAGAGCUGCAUGCAUCUAGUAUGAAAACCAUUAUCAACUGCAAGUGCCAGUUUUACAGAUUACACAGUUUAUUUACUAUUCAUAUCAGUAGUUUUAAAGGUUGGAUGAUCCUUGCUGAUUAAAGCUAAACCUCAUCCAGCAACCAAAUGAACACAUAUUGCGAACCAUCAGAAUCUGCACAGACUAAAGUAACAGUGAUAAGCAGAAUCAAGCACAGUGUGUUUCUCUCAAUUAUUUGAAAUUGACUGUUUUCUUAAAUAUAAAGCUGAAAUUGCUAAAUUAUGAUUUGGAUGAACGACCAUGCAGCAUUGCAUAAGAGUAAAUGAAAAAUGGAAGGGAGAAUUUCUGGGUGUAUUGGAAGGCCCCCCCCCCAAUUUUGAGUGUUGCCAUUUUUCAAAGACUUGGCUUUUUUUAAGAAUCAGUGUAUCUCUAAAUGACAUGUCCCUUCCUUGUAAUCCUCUGCCUCAGAAAAGAAAAGCCUAGUCAGACUUAUUUCCAGUAACAAAACAAGAAUUAGUUUAAUCCUGUUACCUUAACUAUAGAAUUCCCAUUCAUUUCAUGAAUGAGGGUACAUCUUAUGGACAGAACCACAGUUAUUGUCCUGCAGCUUCCUGUAACUAUACUCACGACUAUUAAAAUUGCGUGAAAUUUACAUUUUAUUCUGUCUGCAAAUUUCUGGGCUUUUAAUUUUCUGGGAUAUGUGGGAGCUUUAGUUAGUACAUACAAUUCUUUUUGUACUUCCACAUGAAUAAGCAAAAUACCAGCAAUUGCUUAGAUUUUAAUGAAUCUUUAAAAGCUCAAAAAUCAUUGAAAUUAUUUCCAGAGAUAGAUUUCCAUUUUUAGAUUGAACACAUUUUUUAAAACCAGUUAAUGUUUGCUAUUAAAAUAUUUACACUUUUAGAAUAUGUGCAUGUUGCCAAGACUCAAGUAAAACAGGGAUAUCAACUGUGAAGGGCCUAACCUCUCAAAAAUAAGAGAAUAAAUAUACUUAUGAAAUAAAAAUUUCCAUUGAUUCUUGCACAUUUAUGCAACUAAGAUUAUUUAGAGGGAACUUGUUAAAUUAGCCAACACAAUACAUUUUUUGGUGGGCUUUGAAGUUCUUUGGGAAGAAAGCUCACUUAAAAGUUGAUGCAUUUUAAACUCGUCACACUGCCGCCUUACUUGUCUGGGGAAAUGAAAUGUCUGAAGUGAACUGGCAGUGUGUGGAGUUGUUGGACCUUUAAAAAGAGCAAUACAGAUUCCUACGUUGUCAUUUUGUCUUCUGUUAAGUACAAGUAUGUCUCUAUUACUGACAAUGCAAAAAUAGGGUAAAAUUGGCUUGCAGAUAUAGGCUAUUGAAGACCUAAACAUUCUUUUGUUUUUAGCAUAGAUAAGUUAGAAUCACAAUUUUCUUUGCAUCUUUUUACAUUAAUGAUCUGUAUUAUACAGCUUUCCUGCUAGAUUAUUUAAUUAUAGCUUUUUAAAUUAAUGAAGUGAAUUUAAGAACGAUAUUGAAAUCAACAUCUAAGUAAUUGCCAUUUUAAGCCCCAAUUUCUUGCUGUGGGAGGGGGAAAUAAUCUAGUUGUUUUUACUCUGCAAACAAUUUACUCAGUGGAAAUCUAGGUAAAAUCAAACCAGAAGAGAUGGACUGAGUACAUAAUGCCAUGAAAUUGUGACAAAUAGUAAAGUGUUCUUGAAUAAUUAAGCCCAUGUAUAUUUGUUUCAAAUUGAAAGUCUUGAAAUAUGUGAUAACUGAAUGUAAAAACUGUAAAUUGUAAAAGAAUAGAUUGUUCACUGCAACGGGGGUAAUUCAUACUUGUCUGCUAGUUACAUAAACUACAAGAAUUGCUUUUACAAUAUGGGAUGGACUUUGAACGUAAUGCAGUUGAUCAGUGACUGGCAUCCUCAGCUGAAGUGCUGCAAUGUUUUGACUCAUUUUCAACCAGCUGCAAUUUUGCAACCCAAGAAAAGGGUGAACUUAUGGUCAAAAACUGCUUUCAUGAUGAACUUUUGAAAAUCAACUCAUCUCCCUGGCAAUCUUCUGAAACACUAGUUAUGACUGCAAUUACUCUAUGGUCUUUGAUGGCUGUGCCACAUGACAGCACUCUGGCACCUUUCCUCAUUGGCAUGGACUUCCUCAUGGACCGCUGCUUCAUGGAUGACAGCUUCAUUGCUUUGGGUAGGGAUUUAGAUAGUCAAGGGACAGUUUUUAGUACAGCUCUUAACGUCAGGCAACUUAACUUUAAAAAAUCCUUUGUGAAAAUCCUGGUAACAGUACUAUAUCUCUGAUUGUAGGAUGAUUAAAUGUUCAGUGUUGGCCUAUCUCACCAGAAUAAACUGUGCCAUUAAUCCUCUCACAGACAUACGUAAGGUAGAUUGCAAUCAACAGAAUUUAGCAGAUGAUUUUCUGUCUCCAAAUAAUAUGGCAUAUAUUUCCUCCAGAUAUUGCCAGUGAGUCUAGCAAAUGCCAUCUAAUACAUUUAUGAUUCUUGUUCCUUUUCUCUAGAGAUCUGCCAUGGCAGCAACUUAAUAAAUGUAGUUACACAUGCACAACUCAAAGACUUCGUAGGUUUAAAUUUGGCAGUCGAUUGGUUGUAUUAGAGUUCAUGGUAAAUGGAAUAGGAAGUGUUUUGAUCUUGUAGUUCAGUGGAUUCCAUCUGAACUAAUUUACUGCCAAAUUUCAGGUAGGAUAGAUUUGGUUCAGCUUGUGAUGGUUGUGGCUCUAGGAUAGCCUCGAUUUUCAAUAUCCUAGAACAUAACUAAGUCUUCCCUUCAGUAAAUACACUUCCACGUACCUCUAAUCCUAUGCUUCCUUGAAACACUAAUGUGCAGAGUUGUUUACUAAGAAGUGUUGUUAGGGGCCUGGAGGUGUGGCAGUGUUCUCCAAAAUGAGGGAGAUGUAAACAGGUACCAUGUCUGAUUAGGCAGGAUUUCUUAAGCGAAUGGGUAUUAUCUUUUCUGCCCUGUCACACAUGCCACUGUGCCCUGUAAUACUUAAAAUGGCAACCUCACGUUGGUGAACAGCAGUAGAAGGGCAUUUUGUGCUUCCUGAGGCUCCCCUCGCUCAGCCAGGCACAUUAGCUUAGCGCUUCUGAUGUCAGCCCAAGUCCCUGCUACCUACCUCCUUUCCUGCUGCCCGGGAAGUGUUUGUGCUGGAGCUGUUGCUCCUGUGCUCCUCAGGUGAUCAUCCACAUGCAUUAGGUGAAACUGAGGUCUCAGCCCAAGGGGUCUGAAUUUUAAGGACUUAACCUGGGAUGCUCAGAAAUCGACACACCAUAGUUAACUAGUUUCUUCUCUUUGUUCUAAAAGAAAUGUGGAUCUCUCUCAGGCCAGGAUUUAAUGACUGAUUCUCUCUAGACAGCAGGUUAAUACCCAGCUCUCUUUUUUUUUUUUAAGCAGAAUUAAAGGGAACUGAUUAGGUUUGCUGGGUUUUUAACCUAAUUGCAAAGCACGGCAGAAUGCUCUAGGUAGGAAUUACGGGAAUCCAAGAGAAAGAAACCCUUCUUCUGAUUUGUAGCUACCUACUGUGCCUGACUUGGUGCCUGUGUGAGGAUUAAGCCCUUAGUUUGCUCUUGCAAUUAUUCAAAUGACAAGUUAAUUUGCUUUUGUAAUAACAAUAAAAAUUGUCAUCUUCCCUUUUGAA